AGUGUAAGAGACACCGCCAUUUUGAAACUCGCAGUUUGAUUUUUUUUUAAAUUUUGUGUUUUCUUCAAGAUAUGGCGCUGAGACCUGAGGAUGGAAAUCAGGAAUUAAAUCUCCAAGGGCAGGCUCUAAAUCAGGAAUGCGGAUCAAAAUCUAGUGAUAUUCCUAGUCAUGAUAAAAUCCAAACUAAUGGUCAAGACGAAGAGAUGGACUGGCAAUGCAAAUCUUGUGGUAAAUGGAAUUACGGCGAUAUCCUAAAAUGUGCAUCCUGCAAGACAUCUUUCGAUCAGACUUGUAAACGAUAUGAUCCAAAAACAGGAGAACUUAUAAGUCCCGCCGUAACAGCUCAAAGUAAUAACCGAUCAACUUCCAAACCACCUUUUAUUAUUAAAAGAGGUGACUGGAAUUGCUUAGAGUGUGAAACUAUUAAUUUUAAAAACAAACGCGACUGCUUCGGUUGUAAAGCUAAAAUAAAUGAUACAAUUCAUCGAUACGGACAAAAGAAUGAUUGGACUUGCAAGAAUUGUCUUCACUUUAAUUUUUCCGUCAACAGUUCAUGUGAAAAUUGUAGGAAAGAACUUGAUGAUACAGAUAUAAAAAUUCAAUCGGAUUACAUUCUAUUAUCAGUUGAUAAUGAAAAAAUCGAUAAAGCACCUCAAAAAGGACCUACAAUUGUGUUUUAUCCUUUUAUUAGAGGACCAUCGUCCGUAUUAAAAGCGAAAGACGAAUUUGAACUAUAUGGAAAAGUUAAGGACGUUGUGAUUAAAAAUGAUAAUUUAUAUAUGUUGUUCGCCGAACAAAAAUGUGCUCAAAAAGCCUGCGUUGAACUGAAAAGUCGUUUCGGUACGCAAUUGUGUUAUUACAUCCCAGAGAAGAAACUUGAAUUAAAUCCCACUGUUGAUGGAACUUUCGAAUUGCGGUAUUAUAGGUAUAGCAAAUCUGAACAAAUGACUAAAUCUCAAAAAAAUACUGUCAUCAGCAGCUUUUUAAAGUACGGUAAUGUUCAAGGGCUUCGAGAGACAAAGGACAGAUACGUCUAUAUUGAAUUUAAAUCUCACGACGAAGCAGUUAGCGUGCUCAAUAGUAAAAUUUAUGGAGUAGAGAUUCCCCCUGAAAAGAGAUUGUCUAGUGUAAAGCCAUCACGAACAAGUCGUUCACUUUCAAGAUCACGUUCUCCAAAACAUGAAAGUAGAAUAAAUUCAUCCAAGAACCCGCUUUCUCAUGGAGUACACCAAUGCAAAGUUUGUGAAAUGUAUUUUGAGAAUGAUGACUCAUUUAAUUUCCACUGUCAAGGAACAUUGCACAAAUUUAAAAUGAAUAAAAUCGGAUCUAAUAAGACUUUACCAGAUCCUGAUUUUUAUGGAUCAAGAUUUUAUUCAAAACUCAACGGUUUGCAAUGUAAGCUUUGCAAGAAUCAAUUUACUAACAAUAGAGAUUUAAAUUUGCAUUUUACAACUUCGGAACAUAUGCACAAUUACGAUAAAACGGAACGUGCUAUGAAAGAGAAUCGUAUACUGGAAGUUUUCGAUCGAUUAGAAAAUAUUCAAGAUAUCAGAGGAUGGCAGAGAGAAAAAGAUUCAGAGAAGGAAGAUGAAAAUAUUACGAAUUUUAAUCAUGGAAAAACUUUAAUAGAACGAACAAAAUUGGACUGUGAUGAAAGAAUAGUUAUACGCAAAUCACAGAAGGAUGUUUCGGAACGUAGAGAGAAAGAUCCUAGACAAGAAAGAUCGCGCUCAAGAGAUAGAUUCAGAUCAAAAGUAGUGGAUAUUCAAAUCGAUAAUGAUAUUCGAUUAGCUGAAAAGCGAAAGAUUGACUUGGAUGCAGCCGACCGAAUCAGACGAUCAGAUAAUCCCUGUAAAAGACGAUACGGUGACCACGUGUUUGAAGACGGUUCAAAGAGAAACGAUAUUGAAACCAGUGUUUACGAUCAGGACAGUUUUCACGGACUAGAUUUGGGAAGACGUUACGAAGAUAAAUUUAGGUCCGAUGAUUCUGAGAGCAGAAAAGCAAGUCGAUCGAUCGAGAAAGAUUGGGAAUCUCCUCAGGAACGUUCCAUACCAAUAAAUCCGGGGACUAUUGCAGUUUUAACGUCCCUGAAACAAUUUGUGAGAAUGAUGAGAGAGGCUGACUGCAAAAAUAACCACUGCAAAAGAAAUUUCUAUGAAAAAAUUGCACGAGACACUGGUAUAGUUAAUAGCGAUAUAAUAGAAUCAGCUAUGGAGACAUUAAGGCGAACUAGCCCAACACUGUUAUCAUUAAUUGAAACUCUAGACCCAAAAGAUUUAGCAAUACAAGAACCUACAAAAAUUGCCCAUAUACUUGAUAUAUUUUCACCUCCAAUACCAAAUUCUGCUAAUUCUACUGCAAGUCGACCAAGGUACUAG